AUGAAGAUGUACAUGUAUAAUAUAAAUAUGAUUUUAUUUGUAGGAUCUACAGAUCAAGUUACUUCUCUUGGAAGAAAGUUUAUCACUCACUUUCUACAGAAUCAGAACUCUACCGAAAUUCCUCAACGAGAAGUUCUGGUGACUGGCACUUUGCCUAACACCACUGUUUCUAUAAUUAUCAACAAAUAUAAUUUUAGUAAAGUUGUGAAGGUUGGGAAAGGGGAAACUGUAAGAAUUCCUAUCACAAUAGAAAAGGAGCUGAAAGGAACAACAAAGUGCCCACAUCCUGUGGUUAUUACAGCUGAUGCAGAUGUCACUGUGAUGUCUAGUAAUUAUAGAAACAAUAGUGGUGAUGUGAGUUUAAUUUACCCAGUACAUCAGCUUGGAUAUGAAUAUUAUAUAAUUACACCUCAGAAGGGACCAGAAGAUCAAUAUAAUGAAUUCCUUGUGAUUUCAUCUGAAAAUCAAACAACUGUGGACAUCUAUCUAAAGGGCUCUGUAAAUUAUAAUGGGACACAGUACUUAAAAGGUGACAAGAUGACAAUUAAGCUUGAACCAUUCCAAGCUAUCCAAAUUCAAAGUAAAGAUGAUCUCUCUGGCACUAAGGUGGAUUCUAAUUUACCUGCUGUUGUCAUAGCUGGACACAUGUGUGCUGAAAAUAACUUAGGGUGUUCCCAUGUCUAUGAGCAGCUCAGACCUGUUGGAAGUUGGGGAACCAUGUUCUUUAUCCCAGACUUGUCCUUCCAGACUAAGUAUGACAUUGUGCUUGUUAUGGCUUCUCAAAAAACAUCCAUUCAAUACCAAUCUGGUGAAAAAAUACACUUGAAACAUGUGUCAGCUGGAGAAUUGAUUCAGAUUCAUGUCACUAUUUCUUUACCACUGUCCAUUUACAGCACAAGUCUACUUCAAGUAUUGCUCUAUGGCACUGGUGGGACACUUAAUGGCAAACCGUUUGGUUCAUUCCUAACUGUCAUACCUGGUACUAAUUUAUUUGGCCUCUCAUAUGAACUCAUUGGUCAAGAAAAGUUUAAUACUAAUUUGGCAGUUAUUAUAACCUAUACCUUUGGUGUUCCUGGUAUUACAUUUGAUGAGACAUUUCCAAAAGACAUUCAGUGGAAACAAUUCCCUGGAUCUUUUUUUUCCUGGGCAGAAUAUAACUACGGUAGUGGCAUCAGCUCUCAUAUGGUUCGGCACUCUACAGUACCGUUUGGACUUCUCAGCAUUGGCUAUUCGAUGAACAUGGCUUAUGGAUCCACUGCACCCUGCAUUAAAAGUAAAUAA